CAGCUCUAUAUCUCGCACAGCUUGCUGCAUAUAUAUUGAGCACAAUUUUACUUGUAGCGCUAUUUCGCCAGCCCUCUUCGCAAACAUGUCCUACCUCUUCAUUUCAAAACUACGCAACAACCCAAGGAAUCCAGCUAAAAAGGCAAAGAAAGAUGCUCAGUGGAAGCGCCAUCUCAAGGUGCCUGCCGACCGCAAGUUCCCUGCAGUCGACUCUUCUAUGUUAGGCAAGCCUGGGCAUACCAACAGCGCAUGCGACGACGACUACUACAUGCAGGUAUACGCGUUGAACAAGCCGCUCUGCCCUGACCCUGCCUAUGCUGUGGAAUUUGCUCUCAUUCGCGCCGAGGCUGUUAAACUUGGGUGGGGCGACGGUUCCUACGAAACCGACUAUGUCGAGCCAGACCCUGACGCGAAGCGUAUCUACGAUUCUGAUGUGGACAAAAUCAAGGCACAGACCUCUGCUGCCAGCAAGGCGGCAUGGCUUAUUCCUAUGGUCUCGGAAUAUGUUCUCCGGACUGUUGGCAACCACUAUGUUUUCGAAAAUGAGGAAGCCUACAAGAACCCCCAUAUCAUGAUGCUGAAGGCGAGCAAGGCGUCGGAUGUAAUUGGGCUUAUGUCGUCGGGGCUUUUGUACUAUUCGGUUCUGCACUGGGCUGGCUAUAGGAAGCCAUAUGAUGUUGUUGGCUUGCAUUUGGAUGAUGCCGUCGUCCCGAAGCCCCUAGCCACUCGUCAUAGCCACCUUCCACCGACAGCAGCGGUUAUUUCGCUUGUUGAUCGCGCAGGAAAGCACAUGAUGGCUAACGGAUUCACAUAUGACAGGCAACUGCAAAUUCAACGCAGAAAUGAAGCGAUGGUCCGCAAGGAUCCGUUGAAGUACCAUCCAUAUUCGAUAAAGAAGAUGGCGCUUCGGAUGGCUCCAAUUGCUAGGGCAUUUGUCGCUGUUGUCAUGCCGAAUUCGCCGUUGAUGAGAGCAGCGCCGCUGAGGAAGGUAGCUGACAAGCGCCGCAUUGCGUUUGAGGAAGCAAAGCGUGAGUUCCGCACGCAACUGAUGGUCCAGUGAGUUCGAAAAGCUGGGCGUCUGACAAACACGCCGAGUAGUUAAGCUUCUGGCUAGCACUGACAUGGCACGAGUAUUGUUCCUGCUGCUGAUCGCAC